UCAUAUUGUUUGACUAAACGUGCUAUGGGGAUGGGCAAUGAAUAUGGUUGACUAAAGAGCCCCUUCAAACCUUGCCGAUCGGAUCUUUCUCUAUGGAGGCAGCUUGUCAACUUGAAAUAUUGAUUGCGGUGGCGAGACUAAUCUGAGAAUCGCAGUUAUCCGGCAGAGUAAGUUAUCUGUUGGGUGGAAAUGGCGGCUUCAUCUGCGACGUUAUACUUUGGAUUUCUAAUUGCUUCCAUCACUUUGUGGAUGAUCUUCAGCCUUUGUUCCAGGUUGUUUACAUGGAUGCUCAGUCUAGUGCUUGGAAUGUCUGUUAGGUUCCGUGUUAGCAGUAGGAAAUGCCUGCGGGAUGUCGUGGUGAUGUCUGAAACGGGUGCCUUUGAGUCAUCGUCCGCUGGUGAAAUUAAAUUUGGUGUUGGUUUUCUUUCUGGAGAGCUAUGUAUUAAAGUUAUGAUAUAUGAUCUUGAUGUUGUGAUGAGAUCCUCUGGUGCUUUAUCUUGUGACAAACUCACUCUCUGUUUCCAACUUGGAUAUGACAGGGCAGUAGGUAUUGUGGUUAUACGAACCAUGGAAAUUGUAUCUGGAGAUGUAACUAUGAAACUGGACAAUGAUUUCUUUUCCCAAAGCAAACGAUCAUCAGCUACUUCCCCAUCUACGAAAAAACCUCAUAAAGAGUAUCAGCUGUCAGCACUUGCAAAAUAUUCUAUGUAUUUUUCUGAAAAGGUUUCCUUCAGCUUACCCAAACUAGAUGUCAGAUGUGUGAAUCGAAAACAUGAUCUGUUUGCUGUGAAUAACGUCACGGCAAUUAUCUUGAGGAGCAUUAAAUCGAAGUCUGUUGAAGAUUCAGGGGAUAUUACACGUCUUAUGGAACUCAAUGAGAUUCAUCUCUUUAGGGAAGCUGAAUCCUCUAUAUUAGAGAUUAUUAAAGUUGAUGUGGUGUCUUUUAUCGAGAUCCCUUUUCAGCCGGUUCUGCCUAUUAAUGCUAACCUUGAAAUAGAGCUAGGAGGUACCCAAUGCAAUCUAUUCAUUUCUAGGCUAGAGCCAUGGUUGAGCCUUCUUUUCCCGGAGAAGAGAACCCUCGUGGUUCAAGAGGAAAUUUGCACUCGAGAGAAAUUGAAAGCUGCCGAUAUGAAAACAAUUAUGUGGACGUGCACAUUUUCAGCCCCUGAGAUGACUAUGUUAUGUGGUAUCGAUGAUUUGCCUUUGUAUCAUGUAAGCAUCUCUAACUUACCACUAAUUUUUAUACUCUAUUUUUUUUUUAGUAAAAAUUGCUCUAGUUUAUCCAUGUUUUUACUAUUAACGGCGUUUCUACCACCUCUGUUUAUUUCUUCAAAAAAUAUAGGUUUGUAUAUGAACUUUUAAAGUGUAAUUAUUUUAAUUGAAUAUGAUCAUACAUACCAAAAUAAAUAUAGAUAUUAGUGGAAUUUUUUUUAAAAAAAUUUAUGGAUAUUAAUUUACAAAUAUAUUUAAUCUCUGAAAUUGUAGAAAUAAAAUAUUUUAUGAAAAAUAAUCUUUUGUUGUUGAUAAAAAAUGCUCCCAGACACGGGGCUCGAGGUACUCCAUAAAUCAAUGUUCUCCGGCGCUGGCGAUGCGUUUUCCCGUCGGCGCUGGCUACUCGUGGCGACGUCAUCAUCGACCUGUAUCUCUCUACUCUCCUUUCGCUCCAGCUCUCGUGUUCUUUGCUGCUCAAGGUCACUUUAUUUAUCCAUCGGGGCUCCGAUGGUCUCCUCUAGGCCGAAGGUUUCUUCGACGCCGUUGUUCUACGGGGACUCCCGUUCUGUGAAUCUAUGUAGAUCCUUUACCCGCCGUCUCACCCUUUACAGUCCGCCUCAUCGUGGUCUCAUAUCUGUAAGCUCAAACCGCAGAUCCGUGUAUUUCAUCCUCUCCCUCUCGAUGUCACUGCGGCUAGAAGAUCCUCACCGACGUUCACCUUCCAUCUCUUCGCAAGCUCAUUCUCAGACAACAACUUCUGAUGUCUUGACCGUUGUUAGUGGGAUUCCACAUAAAACGCGGUUUCUAGAUCCGAAAUUGUUCCAGUUUAGAGUCAUGGGCUCGCCGUCCCUCAUCUCCCUUACCACCGUCGCCGGUCACUCCCGGGAAAUCGAAGAGACCUUCUCCACCGAUGAUACUGCUGCUGCUGUUCUUCCACAAGCACUCCACUCUUCCAUAACCUUCGGCGAUCUGAUGUAUUGUAUUGGUGGGGUUCCACCUUUCUCUUGGCGACCAGAUCUUAAAACUAAACAAUGCAUAAGGUUGAGCUCGCUUCAUAACUCCCCCUCCAUCUCCGUUCCGACGAUACCUUUCCGCUCAGCCUCCUUUCUGGUAGCUGCUCUCGGGUUGAAAUCAGACUCCUCACAUCCGCCCCUCCAAGCUUCAAGAGCACCGGCAAGAAAUAGAAAGAUCUUUCAUCAUCAGGGUGUGCCUCCAUCUGGUGCGACCCUCUCGGCUGUGCCGGUGACCCGUAUCCCUCCCAACUCCGUCGCCAGUCACCGUGCUUCCUCCGCCUCACUCUUCCAACAAGGUCACGAUUCUACUUUUCUUA